AUGGCAGGUUGCUGGAAUGUUGUGUUUCUGCCGAGUGGUAAAGUCGCCACCAUGAAGCGAGGCAUUGAGAUCUUGAAGGCCGCUGAGGUGGGUGUCGAGGAUGUCUCCUUUUCCUGCAAAGAAGGGUGGUGCCAUGCCUGUUGGCACACGGAUCCGAUGUUUGGGACAGUCUACAGAGCAUGCAGUGCCAUCAGCCGCAAGCGACCACCGCCAAAAAACCCACGCAGAAUCCCUGAGAAAUGGAAUAAUGUGGUCCCCCUGUGGCUCUUGAACUGGCGCGAGUCACAGAGGUGGGCAAAGUUCAAGAAGCAGAAGCGUGAGAAAGAGCAACGCAGCUGUUUGGAAGAGGGCAAAGUCUGCUCUGAGUGUGCGCUCUGGCACUGA